GCGUGACUGGAUUUUGAUUAGUGACGUUUUACACAUUCGUGACGUUUGCACGACAGACGUUUAGUUGGAAACCAAAAUUGCUGAGACAGUAGUAUUCGUACGAUUUUAGUUGGAACGUAAUCCGCAGUGUAUCUGACAGCGACAAAAUCGGCAGAUAUCAGUGAAGGAAUUGUAACAUUGUACGAGAAUUUUCUUUCACAUAGCUAUACCUAAAAACAAAUUGAAGAUGAACGGUGUAUCGUAGCAAGAGAAAGAUAGGAAUAGUACGUAAGAAAAGGAGAGGUUAAUUCGUGCACGGAAAAGAGCCAGAGAAAGAAAACAAGGCAUAGUGGAAAAGAGAGGGCAGUCAGUGCCGAAGCUUUAUCUUUAUUAUGCGCCGCUGAGUGAAUUGUCAAGUGAAAUCAGAAAUGGCUGCCAACGAGCAACAACGCAAGCGAAAGAGAUUCGAAAGUAGAUUGCGCAAGAAUAUACAACCGUUUUACAUGGACAGGAAUUUUUCGAAGAGACGUACUACUUCAUUCAAAUAUUUGCCAGAUCAUCGGUGCAUAGAAAGACGUAUAGAUUCCUGUGUGCAGUAUUUACAUUCGCACAAGCAGCUGUCAGCAGAUGAUCGCGAAGAAUGUCGAAAAUCUUGUAGGAAAUUUAUCAGGGAUAAGCUCGAGCGAAGCAAUCAACGAACCACGCGAGUUGAAAGAACCAGCCCACCAUGCAAGAAGGCCAAUGAAUGCAUUUCUAAUUUUUUGUAAACGACACCGUGGUUCAGUGCGAUCUGGUUUCCCACAUUUAGAAAAUCGAGCUGUCACAAGGGUUCUUGGCGAAUGGUGGGCAACACUUCACCCAGACCAAAAGCGUUCAUAUAAAAAUCUUGCACAGGAGUACAAAGAUGCAUUCUUAAAUGCAAAUCCUGAUUUUAAAUGGUACAAAUUACCAGCACCUCCUUUACGUACUUUGAAUACUAGGCCUACAAAUAAAAAGGCAGAAACAAGUUCUAGUGAGCAACCUAUAGAAAAUACAGAAUCUGAAAACAAGUCUUCCGAUUAUUCAGAACUUGAUAAGCGAGAUGGACAAUCAAUUCAACCUGGAAAGUUAGCUGAUGAAUCCCAAAUUGGUGGCCUCAGUUCUUUAUUUACGCCUCAGAAAACUCAAGCAACAGAUGAACAAGCAAUUGUUGAUGGUUCUAUGAUUGAAGAUGAUAAUGAAGUUCCAAAACCUCCUAAGAAAAAUUUUUCAGAUACACCUUCUUCACCAGAGCAUAAAAGAGAGUGCAAAGCUGAUCUUUUUGAUGCAAAGAAAAGGAAAAAGCCUGAAUCAAACAACAAUGAACAUCAAUAUAAUGUAGAAGAGGAAAAAAUGGAAGUAAAUAAUUUUUUAACUACAAAUAUACCUUCAGAAGAAAAUAAUUGUAGAAGUGAACGAACAUGUAAAGGUUUACGUUAUCAAAAGUUCCUUGCUGAACAAAUGAAAAAUAUCGGUGCGUCCGGACAACAGUCUAAACGAAGAAGACAAACUGGAAGUCGAAGUACUGAUGGACAGACGAAUGAAAGACGAAAUUCUAUUUCAUCAAAUAUUAGUGAGAAAACAGAUUCCUUGAGUAGCGAAGGCGGAAACAGUACCCGUAGCGAAUUAGAACAUCUUGUAGAAAGUGCUGAGGGAAACAUAGAAGCUUCAAAACCUGAAGAAACAGAAACUGAAGGUGCAGAAGAAGAAUUAGAUUAUGGACCAUGGACUGCAGGAAAAAGAUUUCGAGCUGAGGAUUUUAAUUUAGAAAAGAAAAUUGAAGCGUUACCAUCUUUAAGUUUAGAAGAAUUUCAGGAAAAGAAGAAACAGCAACGAAAAAAGAAAAAACUUGCCCAAAAGAUAACAGCUUUAAAUAAAAGAUAUCAGAACAAUUUCAAUAAGAAUGGCCAAGCGAAUUCAGAAGAUUCUGAAAAAGCGCUUCUUGUAGGAAGUAAGAAACGGAAAGCACGAAAACAGAGCAUCACGCGAAAUGCUGCAGCUAUUAGUGAUUCAAAACAAGCUGCAACGGGAGAGUCUAACAAACCGUGGUGUGCAUCGCCGGACUUAGAAGCACUGGCUUGUCUUGCAGCAGUUGCCGCCAACAGAACAAAACUUACCAAAAAUAAUAUAUAAGAGAUAUAUAUUUUUCAAUAUUUAGCAGUCGUUCGCGGCAUAAACUUGUACUAAGUAAACCAAAAUCUUAUUCAUUUAUUUCUUAAUACAAUUUCUUAUUAGCUGAAUUUAUUAAAGUAACUGCUUUAAUUGCUGUUAAAAAAAAUAGCGUUUCAAAUUGAUCAAAAACAUGAUACGGUGGAGUCUCGGUAUAUGGCUCUGGACGGGACUGUAGAGGUGGAAAAAUUGUGGAAUGGACUAAAUUAACAGAACUAUUUUCAUGCAAUACCUGGUUGUUAGCCACAGUCAAUAUCGUACAUCGUGAAUUCUUAAUUUCUGCAUUUUCUAAUUUGAAAAUUUCUAAAUUGCUAAAUUUGAAAAUUAAAAAAUUUAGAAAUUUUAAAUGUCUAAAUCUCUGCAUACAAAUGUGAAGAGAAAUUCACGUAUCAGACUAUAUAAAUAGAUGCCAUAUAUUGAGACUGCACUGUACGUUCUUAUUGUUAAUAUCUUCGUCGUUAAUCGCUGUUAAUAUGAACAUUUAUAGUGUAAUUGCUAUAAUUAUUUUGUCACUCAACAUGUAAAGAUAUUUCUUUUAUGUUGCAUAAAUGUCCUACAAAUGUGGUUAGUGGAAGAUAGUUUCUUUAUAUAGUUCGUUAAUAAUUAUUCUUGUUACUAUUACAUAUUGAAGAAAGAAAAGAAAGAUAUUCUAAUUUUCACUUUGCGUUACGUGUAAUUAUUGAAAUGUUGCGUCGAGCAUUCUAUAUUUGUUAACGUAAAUACCUGCAGUGCAGACGAUAGCCAUUUUAUUAAACUGGAAACAAAAAAUGCCCGCAUAUUGAUAUAUAUUCGUUGGGAAAUUUGUGCAACUUCCAAGAAAAGAAAGGACGUAUUAUAGUCAUAAUAGGACCUGACUAGAUAAAUAUUCAAUGAAGGAAAGAAAAGGUGCAUGCAAUAAGAGAGUGAUAGCGAGCGUGUAUUAUACGAUGAUGAAAGCAAGAAAUUUGUGAUCUUGCAAACUAAUUUUUCUAAUGUAAAAUGUUACAAAUGCGAUUGAGAAUAAUGAUAACGAAGCCAUGAACUUUAACAAAGCCGAUGAGCAGGGCAUUUUUAUCAUAUCUAUGUGUAAUAACGAUAACACGUAAUAAUUGCAAAGUCACUUGUUACUAUUUUUUGUUAUUAUCAUCGGCAUACGUUUUAUCUAUAUUUCAUUAUGUUCUGUAAACAUUUUAUGUACAUAGAAAUAGGUGCAGUAUUAUGAAAGAUAUCCUUCAUGAUCUGAAUAUCAAAAAAGGAUACAAUCAAAAUAUACAUGUAUAAAUAUAUAUAUAUAUACAUACGCGAUAUUCAUGUACACACACACAAUACAUGAAAGACCAUUGUUUAUAUGUUAUACGUGCGUACAUGUAAAUAUACGUAACAAGACGUCACGUAUGCAAAAUGGAAAAAAUGUAAAUUUUUGUUGUUAGCAAAUAUUUCUCUGGGUAUAAAGAAAGCGUAUGUAUACGUGUAUGUAUGUAAUUUGAUAAGACUACGUAUAUAUAUAUAUGAAUGUAUAUUUAUAAUAUUUAUAUCAACUAAUUAUUUUAGCGUUAAGACCAUGAAAAAAAUGCGAUUCUGUGCUCUGUUCGAGAAAGUAAGGGACUUGUCUGUGAUUUUGGCUAAAGGAGUUUUUAAUGUUUUAUAUUUUUCUAUUGAUUUUUUUUUCUUUUUUCUUUUUCUUUCUCACUUCGUUAAUUUCAUUGAAGUCUAACUCCAGACACUGUUAGUGAAAUGAUAGGAACAAUUAAUGUUAGUAAAUUCCUCUGUAAUAUGGAAAUGAGUAUACUGAUUAUAUUUCAAAUGUGCCUUGAAGAGAUAUGAACAUAGAUAUUAAAAAAAACAAUGACCAAUAAUAUAUUUUCGAUUCGUUUCGCAAUUCUAACUGUUUUUUGGCUUUUACAUUUAUACCUUUCCACACUUUUCUAAUUGUGGUUAGGGUACAUAAUUAUAA